UUAACUAUCCCCAACACUGAUAUCCCGCCCUUUUUUAACAUUUUCGUUUCCAAAAUCCGCCGUGACUCUCUCUCUCUCUCUCUCUCUCUCUCUCUCUCUCUCUCUCUCUCUCUCUCUCUAGUUUUUAGCGAAAUGCAAGAACAGGCGACGAGUUCAAUGGCAGCUAGCUCUCUACCUUCGAGUAGUGAAAGAUCUUCAAGCUCUGCUCUUCAUGUUGAAGUUAAAGAAGCUAUGGAAAGUGAUGAGGAGAUCAGGAGAGUCCCGGAAAUCGGCGGUGAGUCGGCUGGAACGUCGGCUUCGGGUCGGGACACGGGUUCAGUGGCCGGUUCAGACCGGGUUCAAGUCACUGGAGAGGGCCAGAGGAAGAGAGGAAGAAACCCAGCUGACAAAGAAAGCAAGAGGCUUAAGAGAUUGCUGAGAAACAGGGUUUCAGCUCAACAAGCAAGAGAGAGGAAGAAGGCAUACUUGAGCGAUUUAGAAACCAGAGUGAAAGAUUUGGAGAAAAAGAACUCAGAGCUUGAAGAGAAGCUCUCAACUCUGCAGAAUGAGAAUCAGAUGCUUAGACAUAUAUUGAAGAAUACAACGGCAAGUCGGAGAGGAGGUAAUGGUAACUCAAACGGUGAUGAUUGCUUGUAAGUCAAAAUUAGAGUGUCGAGAUGGUUAGUUUCUCUAAGAGGCAAAUGUUGAGAAGCAAGUUAAAGGCGUUUGGAAGGACAGUCUACCAAAGGCUUCGUGCAGAAGGACACCCCCCUGAGGGCUAUGUCUGUAAGGACAUCCCAUGAGGACACAUGCCACCUUCGGAAAGGUAUGCUCUAGGUGUCUCCAGAGGUAUAUGUUCGGUGUGCUUAACUCUGGAAUGAAACGUUUGGAUGGCUACUUAUGGAAGCUCUGGUCUGGAAGGUGUUAUAUUAUUUGAUAAUAUAAUAGAUAGUUUAAUAUAUUUUUAUGAGAAUAAUAUAUAUUAAAAUGUUUGGAUGUUAAUCUUAUAUGAGAUAUAAUGUAAUAAACAAAUAAAAAUUAUAACAAGAGAAGUUACAAAUUUGAAUAGAA